UAAAAAAAUAAAAUAAAAUUGAAACUACUCAAGAGUGUACACAUUACUACUACUUAAAACCUAUCCAAAAUAUAACAGGCCAAAUCUGUAGAGUAUUUUUUUCUCAAAGUCUGUAAAUCAUUAAUUAAUAACAGUGGGUGUGGAAGAAAAAAAAGAUGGCAGCUACAGGAAAAUGCUUCCUUGUUACUGGCCCUGCUGGUAUUGGUAAGACAACAUUGAUAGUAAGAGUACUUGAAACUCUCAGAAAUUCAAAUCCUAAUUUGAAAGUUCAAGGUUUUUAUACUCAUGAGAUUAGAGAAGGAACUGAGAGAGUUGGUUUUGAGGUUGUAACGCUUGAUGGACGUAAAGGGCUUCUUGCUUCCAACAAAAUCUCCAGCCCGCAGUCCCUUAGAUGGCCCACUGUGGGAAGAUACAGGGUAGAUGUUGCGUCCUUUGAGUCUUUGGCAUUGCCAGAAUUGCAGGUAAGGGAAGAUACUGAUCUCUUCAUCAUCGAUGAAAUCGGGAAGAUGGAGCUCUAUAGUUCCUCAUUCAUUCCAGCUGUACUAAAGGUCCUGCAAUCUAAUAUCCCUCUCUUGGCUACUAUCCCCAUUCCAAAAGCAGGCCGAGAUAUACCUGGAGUUGCGAGGGUGAAAAAUCAUCCAGGAGCAAGAAUUUUUACACUCGAUGCAAAUAACAGGGAUGCUAUGAGAGAAGUUAUAUGUUCCGCCUUAGCAGAUACGCUGCAAAAGCCUUAGACGUUGCAGAGCAUAUUCUUCUAGCUAAUGUUUGUAAAUGCUCUUUCUGUUAAAACAAACUCGAAGCUGAUAGUAAAAUCUUCCAGAAACUUACCAUUCCUUAUAGGUUAGUCAUUGUUUUUGUACUUCGGAGAUGCACUAUUCAAGAAGACAAGAAUGCAAGAAGUGGAAUAUAUUUUCCGUAUUUCCUUAAAAGGUCCCAACUCUUUGAAGGCCACUUUGAACACCAUGGUGUAGAAUGCUUCGAACUGCUGCUGAGAGGGAAAUUUUGAAGACUAGAGAAAGAAAUGGAGCGAUGUUUCUAUACACGUUACUGGCUAACUCUAACUAGUUACUAUCUAACUUUUUACCCUAAGCUUCUUUUAGAUUCUUUUUUGUAUUAGUAUGGUAAAGAUGCCAACAUGAUGAUAUUGUUUGCGUGGAUUGUAGUCGUGUUUCAUGUCCCUGCAGUUCUUCUGGAACUUGAGAAUUGGGAAAUCAUUAGUAGAUUACAAUUGAGCUUUUAGUUCACCUCA